CUGCGGCUCAAGCCGAUGGCCUUAAAACAGGCCACGGAGGGUUCAAGGCCAUCAGACGCUGCCGAAAUACACCGACCCGCUGCUCAGCUGUUCUCAAAACAGUUUCACCUGUUUGACAAGUUUUACAAACUGGACCCAACCUACACGUUCGUCAGAAAACUUCACUCCUGUACAGGAUGUCUGAAGGUGAAUCAGCAGGAACCAAACUGGUGUCGGUGGACUUUGAGAUCUUCGGUUACGUUCAGGUACACAGAGAAGGAGGGUCUGCGGCUCGGUCUGGUCGGCUGGGUGAAGAACACCUACAGUGGGACGGUGGUGGGACAGGUCCAGGGUCCUGCUGACAUGGUGGAGGAGAUGAAGGUGUGGUUGAGUAAAGAAGGAAGUCCAACCAGUCGGAUCACCAGAGCCUCCUUCACCAACCAGAGAGCCAUCGACAAGCUGGAGCUCUCCGGCUUCAAGACUCGCUUCUGACCAACUAAUCAAACGUACCCCGAAGAGCUUCUCUUGCUUCCCCAGUGCAAAAACGCCGAGAGCUGCUUCUUGUGUUCAGACCUGUGCAAAAGCUGACUGUAAUGAUAUAAGUUUAGAUUUUAUAUCCUUGCUCCUGUGAACUGUGAAUGAAGAAGGACUCAGGUUUGAGUCCAGUCACUCUGGAUUAGAGCUGUGGAAACUGAGUUGACUCGCUGUUUCAGGCUGAAAGUGUUCUGUCAGAUAAAUAAAUACAUGGUAAUAUUGUAUUUAUAAUAAAAGAAAAGUCUUGGUGUAAUGUAUCCAUCUGUACCACAGAGCCAAAGCCAACACUCAAAAACACCCGCUGCUUUGAAAAACAUUGUACUGAAGCAGUCAAAGCAUUGAGCAUUUUUAUGGCUAUUCUGAUGGCUGUUUGUAGCAGUUGCAUUAAAUUAAAAUUAAUAAGUGAAGUUACAGUAUGAUGUAAAACACUGCACUUAAGUUAUGUUAAGAUGCGUUACGGUAUGCAAAAUUAAAUUAAGUUCCGAUGUAA